GCAUCCUACCGAAUCACUGCAUCAUGCGGAUCAUGCCCUUAUGUGCACAGCACGUCAUAUCAUAGAGAUAUGAUUUACACCAUAAAAGUGUGGAAUCAAUCGUAUCAGCAUACGAUAUUGAAGUUGCCUUCUAAAUGUCCUCCAUCACUAUGAACUGUGAAUAAGAUACGUCCCAAUAUAAAAUUUUUAAUGAAAAAAGGUUUAAGCUAUCACACAUUAACAACUAAUAACAAAAGCGAAGUCGUAGAGUAGAGCAUUCCGCAAUGCUCAUAAAAUUAAUUAGAAAAAUCAAAUUAAGUGCAUGUAUUAAUAGAAUCUCGUUAAUUUCUCAUCGGUGUAAAUUAUAUUCAAUGUGAUUCUAAAAUGUUUAUGCCUUAAGGAUAACUAUUCCAAAUGGAAUACCAAUAAGGCUACUUAUUAUAAAAUCUGUGAUGACGCCAUUGUUGGUACAAUAAACCGCGUCACACGCAGAAAAGGCGAAGGUCGUGUAAACUUUGGAAAUAUUCAUUAUACACAUCGAAGUACAUUUAGUCGUACAUAAUGUCAACCACAAUAUUGCACAACAGUAUUGUUUUCAGCUAUUAUUACAUAAGUCAUAUUUAUUAUAAGAAAGAUAGAGAAGUCAGAGAAAAAAGAAGAUACAUAAGAUUGUUAAAACAUUCAAUCAACCUUCCAAGCAUGUUUGGCUGGUACCAAACUAUUUUUACUGCCUAAGACAGAAUCUCUUUUAUUAUUCUCAUAGGUACGACGUUAGCAUAUGAUGCGGAACUGUAUGGUGAAAGUAUUUGAUCUAGAUUAAUUUAUUAUUAUUUUUUUAAUUAAUUGAGCAUACUGGUAAUGAUUAAUGCUUUUGGAAUCUAUUCUGACUACUAUAAUAUAUGCUUUUCUUCUUCGGCUUAUACUGUGGUGGAUGGAUUCAGUCCUACUAAUGAAAGAUAAUGGCAUAAGUGUGCCAUGCACCAUUAAUCAAGUAGCGACUAACUGCAAUAAGGCAGGUCCCGCAAAUCAGAUAUUGUGAAGAGUCAAUUAAACGACAGCUACAAUUCUCUUGGUUGUAAUAAACGCUAGUGAAUGCGUUCAGAAUUAUUUUGUAUCAAAUCGCUGCAACUUAUAUUUUUUGAUUUUACCUCUUCAUUCAAUAAGAGGUUAAAAGUAUAUUUUUUCAUACGUCAAUACGAUGCCAACUUUUGUAUUGUCAGAUAAAAUAUUUUACCGAAAUAAUGACAUUAAUGUGAGGUCAAAAGCCUCGACGUAGUUUACAUAGAUGUCUAAAGGCUUACAGUAUAGACAGAUGACAUGGAUUAGUAAGACACAACAAUUUUGUUGUACUACAUCAUCAAUUGUUCUAAUUUAACCAAAUCGUUUAAAGAGUCUCUUCAUAGAUAUCUUGCUCAAUUGCUUUAUUGAUUCAUAAACUCUAUUUAUUGUUAUUUAUUUACAAAAUGAAUUACCAAUUAAAUCAUUAUUUGUUUCACUCGCUGGAAAUCGUAAUAUUGUAGAUAAGCUUUCGUGAAAAAAGGUGUUGACAUAAUUCUUCGCAUUGCGUAUCAUUAUCUAAUUGUAGCUUUGUGAUGUAUAGUAGUAAAGAAAAUAAAGAAUGCGGCAUUUUUUAUGAAAAUUAAGUUUCAUCUUGUUUCCACCCAUACUGGUGUUCUGUGUCCCAUCUGGCUAGUGGAAAGCAGUUAGCGAAUUUAAGGACAAGAGAAAGACAAGAAGGAAUGGAACGAAAAGUUUUGAAUUUGAAUUAUUUUUAUUAAAUACUAAUGUGCCUUGUUAUAAGUAUAGGACAGAUACUGAGAUGUAAAUACAAACAUAAAGAGAAAGUGUGUAAGUGUAACUACUAGCAAACUGUACAAAUAAAGUAAGGCGAAAACCAGACCGUUGAAUUAGCAUUGCAGACUGCACGUAGAAGUAUGUCACGCAGUUUAGAUUAGUACACCAACUUUUUUUUAACAAAAAAUCGGGUUAUCUACAUAAACUACCAACCACUGAGUCAUCUUUAGGAAACUGAAAAUAAAUGGGUAAAGGAAUUUGAAAACCUGGGUACCUGGGGGUACCUGCACAAUUGCAGAAUAAAAAUUUAUUCUCUAAUUGCUCUUUGUGAUUAACGGUACACCUUUCGCUAACCCGAUUUAAUCAAGGAAUUGGUCUUGGCCUUCCCUUUCCGAAGAUCUUAUUCACAAUUCUUGUAUAUUUGCUUAGUUAACCUGCUUUCGACCCCUGGCUCCUCUCCAGAGAACGUGAGGAUGUAACGGCAGGAGGAAAAAUCUGCUUAGUUAACUACCUGCUUGAUGAGAAGAGAUGUGAUUAUGCAUGUGGAUGAAAGAAAGAAGAUGAAAAGUAGUCAUUUACUUUUGAUCUUCUUUCGAAAAAUGCAGGGAUCGUUGUAAGUGGAAAGAUUAGCCUCUGCCUUCCCCUCUGUGAAAGAGUCGUGAUUUUAUACGUACCUAAUGUAGUCGUUUGUGGAAACAUCUUUCCUCAAAAAUCUUCUGCAAAUGAAGAGCUCAGCAUAUCUUGAAUGAAGUACAGCAAGAAACAUCGAAGGAAGCUGCAGCUUAUCUCGGGAAUUGCAAGGCGGAUGCCACCGCAGACGACAUUGAGCACCAAUCAGCCCGUUAAAUGGUCAACGCUCAUAAAGUUUUUAUUAAUCAUGGCUGCCGUUACAACGUCUCCAAAUCUUUCGGCGCGCAUCUUUUAUGGACUUCGAACUGAUAUCCAAUACAACGCGCAUUAUCUUACGGAAUCUGAAAUCAUUUACCCGGCCGGAGGUGUCAUAGUCAUCCACAACCACUUACAAAAGAAGCAGAAGUUCAUCAGGCUUCAGGAUAAACAUAAACCAAUCAAGUCCCUGGUAUUGGCCCCAAACAGGCGGUGGUUGGCUUUGAACGAAAUUGCUGAAGAAGGCCAGAAACCCAUCAUAACUAUUUACGAUCUAACAACAUACAAAAGACGUAAAAUACUUACCGUGCCAUUUGAAAAUUCAACUGCGAAAGAGUUUGCAUGCGUGCAAUUUACAUUCGACUCCAAGUACUUAGUGGCUAUUACUGGUGAACCAGAUUGGUGGCUGUAUUAUUAUAAUUGGGACAAAGGAAAAGUCGAAAGUCAUGCAAAAGCUCAGAAUCCAAAUGGUCAAGGAAUAGUUGAGAGUGUUCAGUGCAAUCCAUCCGAUGCUACUUUGGUUGUGAUAACAGGCCCCUACACAUUUCGCAUCAUGAACGUAUCAGAAACUGUAUGGCGCCAAUGGGGUUGGUGUAAAGCUGAAAACAUCAACAUAACUGGUUGCAUGUGGCUCACGCCUGACCGCAUCAUGUUUGGGACGGAUAACGGAGUUAUUAUGAUGGUGGAAAAUGGAGAACUGCGCCAAAACUGCGUGUUCCAAGCAGUUGAAGUCAUGGAGAUGGCCUUGAAGAAAGUAGAAACCGAGGGAGCAGCUGAUGAAGGUGAGAAGGCCAGCACUACUUCAAGUAAACAGGAAACGCCGGCUGAAUCAACUGUCUUCACAGAAAGUCACCCAGUCACAUCGUUUGCCAAUUUUGCUAAAGGUUUUGCAUUUGCGUGUGGGCCUGGUUACGUGCACGUGUUCGAGAAAGAGACACCGCAUCACUGGAGGAAAAGGAACGUUUUUAGAAUAUCCAAGAAAUCUUACAAACAUACACGUGAAUACCCUACUUGGUCGCCUUUAGAUGCCAUCCAGCAUAUUGCGAUCGAUCCUAAUCAAGAAACCCUACUGAUUACCACGUUGAGGAAACAGUUGUACUAUGUUAAGAUAUUUGCACAACAUAUGCUGCAGAACCCAGAAAUAGCGUUCAUGGAACUUGGUCCCGCGAUGCAUUAUGGCCGCAUCAAUUCCCUGUCGAUGUGCGCUUGGAAACCUAUUUUUAUGACUUCUGGCGAGCAAGACAAGAGCAUUCGCAUCUGGAAUUAUAUGACGGAUGACGUCGAGAUGAUCAAAUUGUACCAAGAGGAAAUACACUGUGUGUCUUUGCAUCCUACUGGAUUAUUCGCAAUCGUAGGAUUUUCCGACAAACUUAGGUUCAUGGUAGUGCUGAUAGACGAUUUUGAGGUGAUGCGAGAGUUCCCCAUCAGAAACUGUGAUAAAGCCAAGUUUAGCUCCAAUGGACAUCUUUUCGCGGCUGUUAACGGUCAAGUGAUACAAGUAUUCUCAUCAGUCAGUUUUCAAAAUGUGUAUAAUCUGAAAGGACACAACGGCAAGAUAACGUGCUUGGCAUGGUCUCAGAACGACCUAACACUAGUGUCCUGUGGCACAGAAGGCGCAGUCUAUGAAUGGGGCAUGUCGUCCGGUCAAAGAGUCGGCGAAGUCAUACUCAAAACCAACCAAUUCAACGCUUGCGCCGUCAACAGCUUUGGCAAAACUACUUUCGCCGUUGGUUCUGAUGGCGAAAUCAAAGAGAUUGGUUCCAAUACAAUCAGAAGGAAUCUGGGGCUGAUCGGAUGCCCUUUGGACACAAUACUGCUGUCUCGUUCAGACAUGAUGCUCUUUAUUACUGGUGGUGAAGGGGGCGUCACCUCGGUCCAGCUUCCUUUGUUAGACAAAGCUAUAUAUAACGAGUUUCAUAUGCACAAUAAGAAGGUUACGUGUAUAGCGUUAGCUUACGACGAUCAGACUCUGAUAUCGGUCGCAGAGGAUGCGUCAAUAUGCUUGUGGCGACUUACAAAUGCCGAAGGGCGAGCCAUAGCCCUCGAUAAAGAUUUCUCCUACUCCAAAGAGAUAUUGAUCAGUAAGAAAGACUUGCAGGAGAAGCUCAAUAAUAUAAAUUUGCUUAGCACAAGAAUGAGUGAAUUGGAAACGGAGCACACGUAUCAACUCCGGCAAGCUGAAGCCACUCAGGCGGAGAAGCUGAAGGAAGUUCAUGAAGGUUACUGCGCGGCCAUCGAGGAGCUCAAAGAGAAGAAUGAGCAAAUGGAAAACGAACAUACCCACGAGAUCGGCAUGAUCCAACAAGACAUCGCCAAGCUGCGGUCGGGGCACGAAAGAACGCUGCAGGCUUUGGAAGCCGACUUCAAUAUCAGGCUUAUCAGCGAGUAUGACAGGUACCAGAAUUUGGAAGAUAAAACUGCUCGGAUGAGAAAAGAUUAUGAAGAACGCUUAGAUAAUUUGGCAGAAAGUAAACGACAGGCGCUGAGAGAAAUGAAUGAUAUGUUUGAAGCGAAGUUGGAGGAAAAGGACUUGAUUUUGCAAGAGCUACAAGAACAAGCCGAUAUGGAGAAAAAAGAACAUGAAACGAUAAAAGCGUCGAUCGAAGAAGACGCCGACCGUGAGAUCAUUGAAAUCCGGACAGCGUAUGAAGUUCAACUGAAGGAGGAAAAAGAUGCCAACGUUAGGCUCAAAGGGGAGACGGGGCUUAUGAAGAAGAAGUUGAUAAGCGCCAACAAAGAAAUUGAUGAAUUCAAACAUCAAGUGUCGCAACUGAAAGCUGAACACAAACAGUUCCAAAAAGUUAUCUCGACAUUAGAACGUGACGUGGCAGAUCUCAAGAAAGAAAUAUCGGAAAGAGAUAGUACUAUACAAGACAAAGAAAAAAGAAUAUACGAAUUGAAAAGAAAAAAGCAAGAGCUUGAAAAAUAUAAAUUUGUAUUGAAUUUUAAGAUAACUGAACUGAAAAAUCAGAUAGAACCCUUGGAACGUGAAAUAAAAGAGAAAAAAAAGCGUAUACUCGAGCUGGAGGUGUCGCUCGAAACGCUUUUAAAACAAAAAGACUUCCGCGACCUCAAAAUCAAUCAGCUGAAUGAAAAGUUACUGUCUGCCAAAAAGGAUUUUCUGAGUGAGGCUAACAGAAACAUGACUAUGAAAAGUACUCUCAAAAAGAUUAAAAUCGAUCUUCACAAUAUGACAGCCAAUUUCCAAGACCCAGCCAAGCUGAAGCUAAACGUUAAAGCUCUAUUCCACAAGUACGUAGAAGACAUAGACUUCGUCCGCAGUCGUAUUGCCGACGAUGAGGCGAUCCGGGAAUUCAACCGGCAACGCGACCACCUGGAGAAACAGGUCGCCGCGCUCAAGCAACAGCUCGCCAAGUCGCUCGGAGGAUCCAAGUCAGAUAUUGGGAAGAUUAUGGAUGAGAACUGCACUCUUCUGACUGAGAUCAACAACUUGCGUACCGAACUGAAAUCGACGCGAACCCGUUGCUUCCAAAUGGAAUCGAUCCUGGGACUCUCUGCGCGCUACGUGCCGCCGGCCACCGCGCGGGCCAAGCUCAAACAUGUCACGGAGGACAGGGAAAGACUGGACGAGAAGUUUAAGCAGAAGAUCGACGAAAAACAAGAGAUUAUAGCCGCUUUGAAAGAAGAAAAUGACCGUUUGUUGGGAAAAGUCCGUUGUAUGGAAGACCCCGAGAAGUUGGCACAAGAAAGUGACGGCACUGGAGACAUGCCAGACUGACGAAUGAUGAUUGAAGUUCUUUAAACAUAAUAAUAAAAGUUAAUAAUUAUAGUUUUCAUCACGA